UGUUUGCAAAGAUGGCUGCUUCCAUACUGAAGGUUGCAGGUCUCUUGAGGUGUGCGUGGCACACUUUACCCACAGUGAGGGCAUUGUCUCUGUCUGUGCCUGUCAGUCAAGGUGUCCCUCAGUCAUUGUGGAAGUUAGGCAGAUUGAAUCAUGUGGCUAUCGCUGUACCAGACCUAGAGAAAGCCACAGCACUGUACCGCGAUGUGCUGGGUGCUCAGGUGAGCGCUACUGUGCCUCUCCCAGAGCAUGGUGUGUACACUGUGUUUGUAGAACUGGGCAACACCAAGCUGGAGCUCCUGCACCCCCUGGGAGAGAAAAGCCCUAUUGCAGGAUUCCUGCAAAAGAACAAAGCUGGAGGGAUGCAUCAUAUCUGUAUUGAGGUUGAUGAUAUCAAUGCAGCAAUAGUUGAUUUGAAGGCAAAGAAAAUCAGACUGCUCUCACCAGAGCCACGAAUAGGAGCACAUGGCAAACCUGUGAUGUUCCUCCACCCUAAAGACUGUGAUGGAGUUCUUGUGGAGAUAGAACAAGCAUAGAGAUUACACAUGUCUCCAAGUGAUAACAUUAUGUAGUUUAAAACAUCUGAUCAUGUUAUGCAGGUUUGACACAAGCUGAAGGUAUGCAAGUGAUGAUUGAAAGUAAAAUGGGAUGUUUCCACUUUCAGACAUUGUUACUCUCUUGUUGUGUUUGAUCAUUAUAAAAUUUGGCCUUAAUAUUUCAUUGAUGAUUUUCCUUUCUGAAUUGAAUAAAUAUUUAGUUUGAGUUAGUUGAUCAUUUUUCUGCACCAUUUACAAAAACCACUGUUAAUCCUCUGCCCAUAAGGUUUUCUAUUAAACACGUAGGCAAAUACUGUGUAUUUUUAUUAAUAAUGAUGAGUCAUGAAAUAUUAGAAUUUAAGAUAUUAAUAGUAUUGUAAAGUGUUUGUAGUUAUGCGGUUGUAUAAUUAUGUUACUAGUUAUUUUCUGUUGUUGAAGUGAAAGCAGAAACAAGCAUGCAAAUCUGUUGUUGUUUUUUUUUUAAAAUGCUACAAUACAAUGGAAAGUGGUUCAAAUGAAAGUACUAUAUGUUCAUGAAUCAUGAAUGUGAAUUGAAAUUGUCACAAUCCUCUCAAAAGAGCUGACAACCAUAUAAUCGGGAUACCACUUGAUACCAUACCCAUUUCUUCACUGUAGUCAACCCUCUGCCAAAUAUAAAGUUGUUUUGCUAUUACACCCUAAUUCUGCUUCUUUUGGAUACAACAGGAGGAGGGAGAUUAGGAACUGAUGUUUGUGUGCUGGCGGUUUUCUCGUUGUGUGGUCUCUAAUGUCCUGUUUAAAGUUUUCUGUUGUUAAAAUAAAAAAUAUUUUUUGGCUGUU